AUGAUUCCCUUGACCGUUAAAGAACUCUUCUAGCAAGAAUUCGAUGCCAUCUACUUAGAAGAUAAAAUUGCUCUUGCUGAAUAAAUUUCCUUUUGUAUUUUAAAAAAAAUUGAAAAUUAGACAACCCACAAACUUAAACUUAUAUGCUCCAAGCAAAAGUGUCAAUUUAGUAUUAAACUUGAGCUUAGUCCCAUUGAAAAUAAGUAUUAUCUUCGUGAUAUUCAUGCUGAGCACAAUCACCAUAUUUCUAAGGAAAAAUUUGAAGAAAAAAUGCUUACUGGCAGACUUCUUAAAUAUUCUGACUUUAUUUAUAAAAACUAUUUCCUUCUCGAAUCUGAGUUCUGCUCCAAGCCUAAACUCAUUUUAAAAGAUUUGAAAACCAAGCACAAUUUAGACAUACUUUCAGGUAGCUAUAGUGCUGCCUAAAAAUAAAAACUAAAAAAGAAAUUUGAUAACAUUGUCUAACAACUCCGUCUUAAAAAGAAUCGCUAAUUAGGUAUUCCAGACUCUGCAGCUACCACUACAGCUCUUGGUUCUUCAGCCAUUCUACCUCAUAUCCCUUCAGGUUCUGGAUGUGAAGGUCUAAACUCAUCAAUGCAACUUCCCAGCAUUCCUAUGAAUUAAGUAAAAAAAAUUUCUUCAAACAGCUUUGUAAAUAGAGAUGCUGCUCACUCUCUUUCUACUGCAAUCUUGGGAGAUUCAACCAACAAAUCUUCUAAGAAGCGUAUUACAUCUGGCUCAAGCUCUAAUUUUGACUUUUAAAAUGCCGAUACUCUUAACUAAGCAUGUGUUUAUUCUCCUCCUUAAAACAACUCCUCAAACUCAUAGAUGAUCAGUCUCCAAAAAGGAAACUUGCCUCAUUUCGCUAUGAUUAAUAAUAACUUUGCAAAUCCUCAUUUCUAACUUACAUUAUUAUAAUAAUAGCAUUUAUUAUAAUAAUAACAAUAAAUUUAACUUUAAUAAUAGUAAUAACAAUAAUUAUAGUAACAACUAGCCAUGAAGAAAAUGUCACCCCAAGUGAUCUCUGAAGACUCUCGCUCAGCUAGUUUCUGUAAAGUUGAAGAUCUAGGUGAAUAAUCUGUCAUGUCUUCAAAUAAUUUAGAAUCUUCUUUACCUCGUAAAAUAGUCAAAUAAAAUAGCCCAGUAAAUACAUUCGCAAAUCCCAUAAACGGAUGCCCCAUCCCCUCAGGUUUACUUUUACAACUUCCCUUUUAAUAGUAAUAACAGAACUUUAGUGGAAACCCUUCUAUUCCUGCUCAAGCAAUGGGCCCAUAAAUUCUUGGAUUUCCAAGCAACUACGAUAUUGGAACAAUUUAGUAAAAUGCAUAGACUUAAUAAUCCCAAGCCCCAUAAACAGCUGAGUAAUAAAUAAUGAUUAAAUUACAAGAAAAUCAAAUUUAGUAAGAAAAAAUAAAAUAAGAAGAGCUAUAACUAAAGCUGAGACUUUAAUAAUAGUAAUAAUAACAACAAUAAAUUUAAUCUUAAUAACAAUAAAUUUUCAAUCCAUUUAACUCAUUUUUGUUAUAGGGAGCUAUUCCUUAACAAAAUAUCUUGCAAAACCCAUAGCUUAUGAAUUUGCAAAUGUUAAUUUAAAACUAAUAAGCUGGUUUGUCAGGUAUUAACUCAAACUCAAAUCCAGCCUUAGCUAAGAUUCCAUAGAAUCCCUUGAUUUAACAAGGAAUUCUCCCUUUAUUAUCUGCAAGUUAAGGAAUUCCUACUUUUAAUAGUACCGCAUAAGUAAAUGGAGCACUACUCCAAACACUUCCUGAUUAAAGUUUAUUAAUGAAUAAGCCUGAAUUAUCUGCUAGUCAUGCUUUAAGAAACUUGCAGGCUACUUCUUUCUUUUCUAACUCUGGAAUGAUACCUGCUUCUAGUGUUUGA